CUGUAUCGUAAAUCAUUCAAUGAGUGAUACGCGCCCGCAUGUGUCAGCUUUUUUCUCAAUUCCGCGCGAUACUAGUGCUCGAUAAAUAUUGUGUUUGCAACGUGGAGAAUUGAUAAUCGCGAACAUGUUUUUCCGCAAAGUCGAUCGCGAGAUACCUCGGCUAAUAUUUGUUUUAGUAUGCAUCUUUGCGAAACCGGUGUUCCCCUACGAACCACCAGAUCCAACGUUUGAAGUGUUAAAGCCGCAAGGUCUUCGAGUCUCAAUACCUGAUGCACCAAACUUAAGAGUAUUUGGAUUUCACGCUAACGCUAAUAAAGGAAUUCGGCUUUUCAAAACCGGCGAGAUUACUGGUGAUGUUUAUUUAGCAAGAAAUGGUCGUUGGACCUUUGAAGACUCAGGAGUGACUAUAAGAAAUGGAGAUGUACUUCAUUAUUGGAUUUAUGUGCAAGUAGCCCGGAAAAACUACAAUAAGUUGAAGAACUGGACGUAUUCUUUGGAAAAUGAAGAAAGUAAUGAAGAAAUUACAGAACAACAGAGCUCCACAACGAGAUACGAAGGUCGGUUGAUGCUCGAAGAUAAUUUUCGCACUCUCAACACGUCAUUGUGGAAACGUGAGAUAAAAAUGCCAUUAGAUCCGGAUUAUGAGUUUUGCGUAUAUCAUAAUGAAAAUCAUCAGGAAUUGGUAAAAAUAACCGGAGGUAACCUACUUAUAAAGCCACUUAUUUUAGAGGAUUAUUAUGGAGAAAAUGCAACUGCAUAUGGAAGACUGCAACUUAAUGAGUGUACUAGCUCGAUUGCUGAGGAAUGUUCACGACAGGCAAUAUCCUACAGCAUUCUACCACCGAUUAUAUCUGCGCGUAUUACUACAAAGAAAAGCUUUACCUUUCGAUACGGAAAGAUCGAAAUACGCGCUAGGUUUCCCCAGGGCGAUUGGAUAUAUCCAGAAAUGUGGCUCGAGCCGAAAUAUUCUACAUACGGUAUGAAUUAUGCCAGUGGCCGUGUUCUUCUGGGUUUGACGCGUGGCAAUGAACACCUGGUGAAUGCCACGGAUGUUUCGAAGAUUUAUGACAGUAGAAGAUUAGAUUUUGGCAUACGAGUCGGUCCUUCGUAUCCCGAAAACAUUCAGGAAGUACUUGUCUCGGCGAUACACGACUUUGGACCGCGAUGGACAGAGGACUUUCAUAAAUACACGACGAUUUGGAACAGCGAUGGAUUUGCGUUUUUCGUUGACGAUGUGGAAGUUGGCACAGUGCGUAAAGAUAAACUUCAAGAUACAUGGUCGAGUGAUUCUGACACGACAAAAGCUCCGUUUGAUCAAGAGUUCUAUAUCACGCUCGGUGUCGGUGUGGGCGGAGUGCGCACGUUUCCGGAUAACACGAUGAGUUCUGGAUGGGCAAAACCAUGGAAAAACCGGGGUGCUAAGGCAAUGCUAAAUUUCUGGAACUCGCGGAAUCAAUGGCUACCAAGCUGGGAGAAUCGUGACAAGACUGCUUUUGUAAUAGAUUACGUUCGAGUGUGGGCCCUUUGAAGCAACGUUGACGUUUAUCAUAUCAUUCUUCAUUCGUGACAUUUUUUCAUCAUUUAUAUUGCUUGUAGUGAUAGAUCAUAUUUCUUGUAUGACUGUGUAGCGUACACAUAGACAUUUAUAAUAUUGCCAUGAAUAUAAAAAAAACAAGGCAAUAAAAAUCGAUUAUUUUAUGAUUUAACGAUGGCAAAAGAUUACAGCGCUGUCUGCAAUGUUGUAGAAAAGAAUAAAAUCCUGUUUGUUUAACUGAA